CUCUUCUUUCUUGCUUCGGAAGACCGCGAUGCCUUCGACGACCAUGAGCCAAAAUGCCAUGGUUGUCCUCGAUUUGGAAAAGUUGGAAUCCUUCCCUUUCUCUUCGUCUCUCUCGCACAUCCUACAGCCCCGUUGGAGACCGCACAGGCAGCCUCGCAACACAUCCCUACCCUUAGAGCUGUCACUCGUUCAGACAGACUACUUAAUCCUUCCUUCAAACAAUGGACUCUGUACGAGAUAACACGAAGCAAGCUGUAGGAUGCUUGGCUCGGAGGAUUCAUGGCUGGACCUGGCAGUCGUUCCCAAUCGGCAUGGGUACAGGCGCCGUAUACGUUACACUUUCCGGAACCAAGCAUCAUACUCGUGCCCUGACAAUCGUCGAAGGAAUUUUUUACGCGAUCAACAUCGCGCUGUUCCUCGUGAACACGACGACUCUUCUCCUGCAGGCGAUAUUGUACCCAAGACGGGCCUGGCGACUAUUGACCGACCCCGGGAAAGGCAUCUUCGCACCAUUGAUUGUCCUAUCGUUGGCUACUAUCAUCAUAGGCACGAUCAACUAUGCAGUUCCCAGCAACAUUGUUCAUGCGCACCACAUCUACCAUGCGUUCUGGUGCUACGUCGUCUUCGCGACAAUCGUGUGUUUCCCGAUGUUGAUGAUAUGGUUCAACAAGCCGCACGAUUUAUCUGAAUUUACUCCGGCUUGGGCGUUCCUCAUAUUCCCCAUGAUGCUCAUUGGGGUCGUCGCGUCCAACGUUCUGAAGAUCAUGUCACUGUCGGAUCCGAAGGCCGUCGGUGUACUCUUGGUCGGCUACUUCUUCCAAGGCUUGGGAUUUUUCAUGACCUUUUUCUAUAUUUGUAUCUAUAUAAUUCGGUGCGUCGUGGAUACCGGCUUCCUCGAAGGUCACCAAGCGAAUGGUGCUUUCGUGGCCUGCGGCCCCCCUGGUUUCACGGCGCUUGCGCUCAUCAACUUGGGCAAACAAGCCCAAACUAUCCUUCCUGCAAAUGGCCUGGUCACCCCACAAGCGGGUGAAAUAUGGUACGCCUCGAGCGCACUGGCAGGGCUGCUCCUCUUCGGCCUGGCAGUUUUCUUCUUCGUGUUCGGCGCGCUGCCGUACUGGUUCAAGAUGCACAAACGUCUGGACGAGAUCUUGGGCUGCUGGGCGCUGACGUUCCCAAACGUCGGAUGGAUAUCCGUGAUCCGCGUUCUGGGCGAUAUCUUUGAUAUCCCCGGGUUCUACGUCUGGCACCUUGUGAUGGCCAUUGUCAUGUGUGUGGUCUGGCUCGUGCUGUUCGUACUGACGGGUGUCGCGUUCUGGAAGGGGUUGAUAUUCAUGGCGGACGCAGAAGAGGUCCUGAAGGAUGUUAUGGUCUCGCGAGAGGAGGCUGAGAGAGACAAGGCGGUGGCUUAGGACUGCGACGUUCAGCAGGCUUGAAUAGUGGUGCGCGUCUGACCAUUAGAAGACUCUACAACCUGAAGCGCAAUUCCUUCACAUCGUAGAUUCGCAAAUGUACUAAUUUGAGGAAUAUCAUUUCCAUUCUGG